CGACGGAACGUGUGAGGCGAGCACUGCCUUCCAAACGCGCGCGAAAUACUGUAGGCUUCACAUCAGUUUGUUUCAAAUGAAUAUGUUUAUAUGUAAUAAAAGUUUUCAUUUCUGAUUUAAAUCAUUAACAUUUGUGAGUUGCUGUUGUGAUCGUGUGUACUUACGCCAAGUGCUGUUUUGGCGCCUUAGGAUGUCUCGUCACGUGCUGCUGUCCCGACUUGCCGAGCACUUCCAAACCUCUUCGUUGCCGGGUCAGAGAUUCCCGUCUCCUGAGAGGAGCGUGUCCCCUCAUACGCCAACUUCACCACGGUCUCCUCCGCAAUCCCCCGACUGUCUCUCACAGCCUCGUCUCGACCUGUUACAUCUCGGAGACAUCGAAGUUGCAGGACGAGCUCUGAAACAAUACGCUAGAGCCACAGAACUUGGCGCUCUCAUGUACUGCAGUGGUUUGGGAGCGUUGUAUGGCGGUGCUGGUGUCUGGCCAUUGUUGUUGCCUCACGCGCCGCCCUUCUCCCACAGCAUCGAACAUUCUAGAAACACACCACCAAGAGAUGAUGAUGAAGAAGAGUUACCACUAAAUCUAUCGACAAAGAAUCGUCAAAUUUGGUCACCGGGUAGUGCCUGCGAGCGUGAACAGGUCGAUACUGAAAGAGAAUCACCGUCGCGUUGGGAUGGACCGGAGGAAGAUACUCCACUGGAACUUGUAAAGAGAUGUCAGAGCAGUCCUGACGGUGAGCGAGCUCUGAGUGCUGAGCCCAGAAGAUGUCCCUCAGCCCCAGCAUACAACAAUUACCAGCCACCUCCGCCCUCCACAGAUAUCAACUUCUCACUCCUACUCAAAAAUGAAAAUAAAAGUGAGAAGUCUUUUCAGUGCAAACAAUGCGGCAAGUGCUUUAAGAGGUCCAGCACUCUCUCCACGCACUUGCUCAUACAUUCAGACACCAGGCCUUAUCCGUGCCAGUACUGUGGAAAACGAUUUCACCAAAAGUCCGACAUGAAGAAGCAUACCUACAUACAUACGGGCGAGAAACCGCACAAGUGCGUCGUGUGCUCAAAAGCGUUCAGCCAGAGUUCUAACCUUAUAACGCAUAUGCGUAAACACACUGGAUACAAGCCUUUCUCCUGUGGUCUCUGUGAUAAGGCAUUUCAACGUAAGGUAGACCUCCGUCGUCACAGAGAAUCCCAACACUCAGACGUUGACUCCAACGCCAGCGUGUCACUUCCCCAGCAUCGUUACAGAUACUAUGGCGAGGAUGCCGCACCACUCGCACCACUAAUUUCUAAUUAGUCGUGAAAAUAAAGACAGAAAGACCUCUAUGCUAGAACACAUUAGGACUUAGGUGUCUCAUCGUACAAAUUAAUAAUUUUUGUGGCACCAUUAAAAUUUGUUUAGCCAAAGAUUUUGAGUAAUGUCUUUUUUAUCAGAAUUGGUAGAAUUAGAUCUUGAAUGACUGUCGUAGACGACAUUACAAAAAAAAUCUUUUAGCAUCUUAAACUUAAUUCCGUCCCGUCAUUGUGAUAUUGUGCAUAAAAUUUGAGCUCCAAAUCCAGGAUUUACACUCGCGUACGAGUCGCGAGACGAGGCACAAGCCGAAGCACAUGGCACAUUGUAAAUUACCGUUCUUAUUACAAGUGUACUGAAACUGGAAUCGUUUGUAAUUUACACUCUCGAGCGACUGUUUAAACUAUCACCUUGUGCCUCGUCUCGCGACUCGUACGCGAGUGUAAAUCCUUGGAAAAAGAAAUGGAUCAAUAGAACAUGUUUUACAAUACAUAUAAAACUAAAACUGUAUAUAAUAUAUAGUGAUAUAGGACUAAAAUAUUUUAUUUAAUUUCUAAUUGGUUUAUAUUGUUAGGUAAAAGUAAUUUGUUUGCGGACUGUUUUUGUCAUAAAAAAAAUAUUUUUGCUUAUACUUGUGAUAUAAGAAUAGACUAUAAUUCUAGUACCAGACUUAUUAUAAAGCUUACAAGGCAUAUUUUUACAAUUAAUAAUUAUUAUUAUGUAUUUAUAAAAAGUGUCCAAUACAAACCAAAGUGUCUUUAAGUCGAGUGUUAAACGCUGUAUUUAUUUAGAUAAGUAUUUUUUUAAGUAAUUGAGUCCUGUAACUAUAUAAUAUUUGAAUAAGGGAUUGCAUUGUUUUAAAUUUUGUAUUGGAUUGAUUGUAAAUUCGAGAAACAUUAAGUGAUGUAUUGUUAACCAAUUAAUUAAUUACUAGACGACCAGCACUAAAGCUACCAGCUGUUACCAGUAUAUAUUAUGAUCGGUUUUUCUGUUACCAUUUUUUUUAUAAAACUCAAAAAAAAUAAUUUGUGAUGUUUCUAUCAAUUAUGAUUUGUCAUUUAAGUGAUUGCAUUUUUAGUUGUAAGUAUUUUGCAUUUUUUUAUUUAGAUCCUUAGGUUUCAGAUACCUUUGUUAUAAUCUGUGAAAUGACAAAGCAUUUACUUUAUUUAAUCUGGAGAGUGGUCGAGUUUUUUUACAUUAAUUUUUCUUAAAAAAUAUAUUCAAAGUAUUUUUUUUUUACUUAAUAUUUGGUUUGUAUAAUAAUAGUUAAUUUGCACUAAGUUAUUGUAUUUCUUUUUUCACUUUAUCGAAUAAAUCGUGAAAAGGUAUCGCACCUUUAAACAUUAAGAUUUUGAUCUCCUGUCUAUAAGAUUUGUGUGGGCUAGAAAGACUAGUGUAGUUAUGAAUCUACCAGGAUCUACGAAACUAUUUAGGGCUAUGAACAAAUAAAUGCCUGGUUUUUGCUGCCACCAUACAAGAUAUGUAUAAAUAUUAUCUGCACGCUAGAAAUCAGUCAGUUUCAUCAAAAUAUUAUAUAUUUAGGUAUUUAUAAAGGUAAACGCGGCUACAGAGUGAAGCAUGCAUAUGCUAGCGCAACGGCUAGAACACCAAAGAGUACUACGAUCGUUUAUCAAUACCGUUAUUUAAUGACUGUGAACCAUCAAAACAAUGUGUUAACAUUAGGAGAAUUGUAGAUAAGCUGCAUCUAUAGUAUGAGCGGUGUAACCGUGUCAUUUUGUACUAAAUUUAAGGCUAAACCUUCAUAGUGGCGAUUAACAAUCUCGCCUACACGUGACCUAUUUUCUAUAAUUUAAUGUAGUAUAUAAGGCCAGUUAAAUACAAAUAUUUUAC